CAUUCUUCUAUCUCCUGGAGGACACUGCCCAUCCUUGUCUAUCCAUCUCUGAAGAUGGCUUCACCAUAUUUUAUGGAGAUGAGGAGCUGCCAAUUACUGCAAUGGCCUUAGAUGAUAACACCUUUACCAGAUGUGUAGCAGUCCUGGGGGAUUUGAUUCCAGUGCGAAGCAGGCAUUACUGGGAAGUCAAGGUGGAUGACGAGACAGAGUUUAGGAUUGGAGUUGCAUAUCAGGCCACAGAGAGGAACUCAUACCUUGGAGCCAACAAUACCUCCUGGUGUAUGAGGCACAUUCUCACUCCCUCCAGGCAUAAGUACGAGUUUCUGCACAACGGUUGGAGUCCUGACUUGAGGAUUACAGUGAACCCAGUGCGCAUAGGAGUAGCACUGGACUACAGUAGAGGGACACUCUCCUUCUUCAAUGUGGAUCUGGAACAGCAUCUACACACCUUCCACUGUCACUUCCAAAAUUAUGUCCACCCGUGCUUUGGCCUGGACAACCCUGGAGCGCUUACUGUACACAACCGUAUAGAGGCCCCUAAGUAUGCAUUUAUCUGACACCAGCAAUCAUAACUAGUAUCACAAAAUAAAACCCUAAGGUUGUUAGGGAGUGAAAUAACUUGCUAUCAAUUGUUACCUAAGUUCUGGGUCACAGUCCCAAUAAAGAAAACCAUAACAUUGUGAAUAUCCAAAUUCAUAAAAAACACUGAUGUUUCUCAGCAGCAUAAGAUGUGUGGGCAAUAAAGGAUUUUGUUGCUUUUAUUAUAGUAUUCCAUGGGAACAGGCAUACACCAUUUUCCAAAAUAAGAAAAAGUUUCACUGAAUUUUACAGUAAGUAUACCAUCACUAACUGCAGCAGACCAAGUGUUGAAAAGGUAAGAAGGGAUUGUUUUUGACUAUCAAAAUAUGCAUCAAAAGCUAAACAAGAAAAAAAUCAAUUUGUAGUUGUAACAAUUGGACUCACUUCUGUAAAGGACAAAUCCACCCUGCAUAUUUUUACACUGUUAAAAAGACUACUGCUGAUGCGAUUUGCUUUUCUGGACCUACUCUCUCUUAGUGGUGUAGAUCAUUUUUACUUCAACGGAAAAUUUAAGAGCCUGGCAACUGCACAUUUUAGAGUCAGACCCUUGCAGUAAAAAAAAAA